AUGUGGGGGUCGUGCUGUCACUGGUGUUUGGAGCCCUCGGAUGAGCAGGCGGGCGGGGCCGAGCCCCAGCCUCGCUCCUACACUAACUCCGCCUUCGCCGGUCGGCAGUCGCCGCCCCCCGAACAACCGAUUGCCUGCAAAGCUUGCGGGCGAUGCCUAGACGCCCCCGUCGCCGAGCACGUGUGCGCAGACUGCAAGGAGAAGUACUGCAACGUAUGCUCGGCCCGGUCGGAGCCCCGGCCCCGCCUGUGUCACACCUGCCGGCGUUUCCACGGUAAUCUGCUGCAACGGGCCGAGCUGAUGAAGCUGAAAGUCAAAGAGCUGCGCGACUACCUCCACCUGCACCACGUGGCCACCCACCUUUGUCGCGAAAAGGAGGAGCUGGUGGAACUGGUCAUGAGUCGGCAAGCGUCUCCGUCCGAAUCCCCCGCCGGCCCGCCGGAAACCGAGCCGGACCCGCCGACGCCGUACCUCGGCACCUCCGUCGUCGAGCUCCCCGACUGGACCCCCGUCACCGAGACUCCCGAGAGCCCCCCCGCGGACGUCUCCGAGCACGCCUCGGACGCGGAUCAAGUAGAGGGCGAUGCGACGCUAGCUGCUCCGGCUUCGCCGUUGAUCGUCGGGGACGACAUCGUGAAGACGGGACGCAGGGCGUCGCUGUCCGACGUGAGCGGUGAGGACGGCAUCGAGGAGCUGAGCGUGCGGCAGCUGAAGGAAAUCCUGACCCACAACUUUGUCGACUACCGCGGUUGCUGCGAAAAGUGGGAGCUGACCGAGAGAGCGCUGCGCCUCUACCGCGACCGCAAAGGCAUCAAAGAGGAGCACGACGGCGGCUCCGACAACCGCUGUUGCAUCUGCAUGGACGCCCCCAUCGAAUGCGUGCUGCUGGAGUGCGGUCACAUGAUCACCUGCACCCAGUGCGGCAACCGCAUGAGGGAGUGUCCCAUCUGCCGCCAGCACGUCAGCCGAGCCGUCCGCGUCUUCAGACCCUGA